UAUUCUUUGUUCAACAAGGUGAAUCUAUAUAGCAGGCAACUUCAUUGCAAUUGUGGGAAUGAUUACUCACCUAAAAUAAAUAAUGUUAUUUUGUAUUUGCAGCUGUGUGACCUGAAUUCACUGCUCUGGUUUGAACAGCUUAUUUGGUAACACAGACAAACAUACACCCUACAGGGAAGAGUUCAAUGUUGUAGGAUUCAUAAGUGUAUAGUACACAAGGAGCUGUAGAAUCAAGGCCCUAGGGAUGACUGAGAGGGAGUGGUCAAAGGAAUAGCAGAAGACCAGGAGAAGGUGUUAUCCAUUCCAGGAGGGACACAGUGUUCGACUAUGGCAACAGCUACAGAGAAUGACAUCACAAUAACUAUUGGAUUGGGAAACUCUGAAUUAUUAAUAUUAAUAACCUUGCAUACUUUCUGUAGAAUGAUAGGGACAGAAUUCUGAUUGUAGCAGGUUGAAGAAUAUAUGAGGUGACCAAGUGAUUAUAAACCAAUCUUUGGAAGAACUUGGCUGUGAAAAGAAGAAGAGAGUGGUGAUUAAUUGAAGUAGACUGAAGGUCAGCAAGGGUGUUUACAAAGGCAGGGAUGGGCUGACUUGUUGUAUAGACUGAUGGGAAGAAACAAGUAGAGAUGAAAAGGCUGGAAAUACAUCAAUUAGUAGUGUAAGGUUCUAGAAGAGAUGCUGGGGAGGGGUUGAAAUAAUAAACAUAGCCAGGAGUUUAACCUUACAUUGUUCAGAUAAAGAGAAAGUGUUUAUAUACCAUACAAAAGAAGGGGUAAAAGAAGUUAGGGAGCUGGUAAGAGGAAUGUGGUACUUGACAUUUUUUCUCUGUUUUGAUAGGCAUUCCUGAAAACUCAUUUUCAUAGAGGAAGUCAGAACGUUUGCUGCAGAUGCAACCCUGGGUCUUCAGCUGUGUGCUCCAGAAACAGAGGGUGCCUCCUUCUAUAGUGAGUGCUGCUGUAGCUCCUGGAUUUCAGCAUGGAAUUUGCUUUACGUGGAGGGCACACGUCUAAUGCAUGGUAUCUCACAAGGCCCAAAAUCUGGAUGGCUCUAUGGACAGUUUAUAUGAGCCAGUCCCAGAGCAGCAUGCUAACCAAGAAAGCACCUCUGAUAAAACUGGUUCUCUCAUUUCAUCUUUUGGGGAGAGUGGAAAAGCAUACAACAAUCUUUUCAUGUGUUCCCAGCUUGUUCACACAUGGGGUCAACCUUCAGGCUGGCUGGCUGUGAGGGUCAACCCCAACCACAGCAUGUCAAUCUGGAGAUCUUUGUCUGAAAACAAAGGAUUUGGAAGGAAAACCAUCAAUGACACAAUUUGGCAGGAAUCCUGCAAGCUUGACGAUGAGUCCCACAUCAGAAGACUCUGUCAGCUAAAAGGAAAACCUCAGUGGAGCUGAAGAGAGGCUUGAAGAACAUGCGAGAGUGAAAUUGGUUUGGUAAAUGUAAUGAGACCACUU